AUGUUGUCUGGUCUUAUAGACCCAACUCCUGCCGACCUUCCCCAGGAUUCAACUAGUAGGUGGGGCGUGAGGAUUACCGCGGUGGAGCGCAGGGCUGAGCCGGCACCAGUCGCUCAACGUAAGAGAGGGAAGAGUGUUGUGUACGGGGGCGUGCACGCCUCUGUGAGCGGCCCCCACUGUCUGGAGCACCGCGCCCCCACCCCUACCUCAACCCCCUCCACGCUACCCUCCUCCACCCUCACCGGCGGCAGUAGUGCGGGGGGCACGCCCACGGCCGCCACCACCACCCCCACCACCACCACCAGCAGCAGCAGCAGAGUGUGGGUGGUGAGCAGCAGCAGCACCAGCAGCAGCAGCAGCAGCAGUAGCGGCGGCGGCGGCGGCGGCGGCGGGGGAGGCAGCAAGACCUCACAGUUCUCCCUCACCUCGCUGAAGGCCGCCUGGAGGAACCUCACCAGUCUCGGGGUGGGGUCUUCGCGCCUCCCCCACCUGGAGAGGGUCGACGUGGGGGUCAGCGAACCCCACGACUACCGCUACACCCACUUCCCCAACAAGCGGCACCACAAGGACACUUCCUUCGACGAAACCCACAUCCACCUCACCCCCACCUCUCGCACCUACACCCACCCGCACCGGAGCCCCGUGCCGCCCCCGCCCCACGCCCACACCCCGCCCCCACGCCCGCAGGUGCCCGAGGCCUCCCUAACCCUCGCCAAGUGCCUUAGGAAACACAGGGAGAAGCAGCAGGCCCGCGCUCUCACCCGCAAGUCCAAGUCGGACAAUGCACUCCAAAAGAUCGGUGUACACUUGAAGUCACACUCGGACCAGAACCUGCACAAGGUGUGGCUGAGCAGUGUCAACAGCAGCAUCAGCUGCAGCAGUGCCAGCAGCAAGAGCAACUCGGUGUUCAGUACCGUGCAGCUGUCGGGCGGGAGCGGCGACAGCUGCGGCAGUAGCGGCAGCAGCAGCUGCUGCAGGAGAGGCGCGCACCACCGCUCCAAGUCCCUAGAGCGGCACCAGGGCCUCCGCAUCCAGCCGGUGGCGCCCCUCACGCACCACCGCCACACGCGCUCCCUCGAGAGGAACCACAAGUUCAGGGUCGACCUCAGGUCUCUCUACCCCAGUAAGGACGAGCCCCCGGAGCACCUGGCGCCCCCGCCGCCCAGCCUGACGCCCACGCACGUGCCGUGGGCUCCGGAUGCCGUGGAGGGCGUGAGCGUGCAGCAGCAGCAAGGGCAGCAGGCGCAGCAGGCGCAGCAGCAGCAGGCGCAGCAGCAGCAGCAGGGGUGGCCAGGCGGCAUGGAGGGCGGACACGCGGGCGGCGGCGGCGGCUCCUUCAUCAACAAGCCGGCCCGAGGCUGGCUACACCCUGACCACCAGCUGGCGGACGAGGGCAUCUGCUACGGUGUCCGGUAUAUUGGUUGCCUAGAAGUGAACACGUCUAUGAAAAGCUUAAACUUUGACACCAGAUCAUUAAUUGCAAAAGAAUGCAUCAGUAAAGUGUGUGAAGCAGCAGGUCUGAAGACUGCAGACCGUAAAAGAAAGGUAGUGAAGACAAUCAGCCGGAUCCUAGGGGAGCGACCGAUGAUGGAGCAUGCUGGCAGCAAUGUGAAUCUGACGAUAACGAGCACCGCACUAACACUGACGAUACUCGAGUCGGGUCAAGUGGUUGCUUGUCAUGACAUGCCAAAUAUAUCUUUUGCUUCAGGUGGAGACCCGGACACCUUGGACUUCAUCGCGUAUGUAGCCAAAGACAGCCGGUACGGGCGAGCAUGUUUUGUGCUGGAGUGUGGGGGAGGUCUGGCUCAAGAUGUGAUAACUACCAUUGGCCAGGCUUUUGAGCUCAGGUUUAAGGAGUACCUCAAGCGAACGCCGUCCGUCCAAUACACCAGCGUCAAAUCCGACAAGCCUGGCAUGAAUGGUGAGGGAACAAGCUGGGGACGUGAUGACCCUGAAUACUAUAAUGACCUUCCUGGAAAAGUUCCACCAGACUUGCCCCCACCCCCCGUGCCACCCCUUCCACAGUACUCUGCUUCAGAGAGUAAAAGACCUCAUCCUACUGCUGCUUCUGGUCCAGCUCCUGCUACCCCAUCUAGCAGUGGAUCCACCAGUUCUGUCUCUCCUGUACCUUCAACAGCAACCGCCACCGUGCUCCUCAAUUCUCACCAGCCACUAACCAACAAAGUGUCUGACAACUUGAUAGAUUUUUCAUCAGAAGGAGCUCAGCCAUCACCCCUGCGAUGUGAACCGGAGUAUGUGAAUGAUGCCGUCAUAAAACAAAAACAGCUCCUUGAUCAGAGAGAUCCAUUUGACAUGCAACCUUUCAGCAUGCAGUUGUCUCAGCUAAGCGGAGGAGUGGGUAGCAGUAGUGGCGCUGGUGCUAUUGGUGGCGUAACAGCAGGGGCACUGGGGGUAGGUGCAGGUGGAGCAGUGGGGGGGACCACAAAACCUCUUCCUCUCAAUCAGCGGCUACAGCUGCAGCGGGAACCCUGGUUCCAUGGUGCUAUUAGCAGAAAAGAAGCAGAACUGCUUCUUCUUCAGGAUGGAGACUUCCUAGUGAGAGAGUCUCAAGGGACUGUUGGCCAAUACGUCUUGACUGGAAUGCAGAACAAUACAAAAAAACACUUGCUUUUGGUCGACCCAGAAGGAGUGGUUCGGACAAAAUCGCGCACAUUCGACAGUGUGAGUCACCUUAUUAUCUACCAUCGUGAUAAUGAACUCCCAAUUGUGUCGGCUGAAUCAGCACUUGUGCUCCGCAACCCAGUGCUAAGACGCACACGCUAAUAGUGUUCAAGAAGCAACUUUACACUCGUGUGGGUUGAUGGAAGACAAUAUAAUAAGCCUCACUAGCUGUAAUGUUAGCGUCCAGUGUCAGAAAACUGCACAAGUGAACCUUAAAAGGCCUGUGUGGUGUACAAUUACCAUAUUGUAACCACAUUGAAAGUUUUGUUGGUUGACUAUCUAUGAGGCUUGAAUUUAUUUCAUGUAUUGUACGUACAAGUAUCAUAACUUACAUUUUUUCCAAUUAAAGCAAUGUUUUAAGUCUUCAUCUUUAUAUAAUCUCCAUAAAUGAGUUAUUAAUGUUGUAAAAGUGGAGGAUCAUGGUAAUUGUUUCUUACUAAUGGGAACUUGAAAUACUAUGCUUUAUUGGGGAUAUCUAGGGAAGGGUCUCGGUACUACAGGGUUUUGAAAGAGAAUUUUUAGCUGAUGUUAACGUAGCUCGACACAGUGUAGUGCAUGUAAUUCACAACAGUUGCAGAGCCUUGACGGAUAAAGCUAAAAAUAAAU